AUGUCAUAUCUUAUACCAGAUCCUCUUAUCCCACCUUUAAAGUUUAACUCAAUUCAACCGAAUCUAUACCGAGGAGCAUAUCCAAGAGAAAUUAAUUUCCCCUUUCUACAAACUUUAGAAUUAACCACAAUCAUAUCACUUACUCCAGAUCCUAUAACUGAAGAAACUGAUCCUUUACUAUAUGAGUUUGCCGCUAAGAAUGACAUUACUUUGGUUCAUUUAGAGUGCACGAAACUGGGGAAGGGUAAGAAAAGAGGAGUGCCGUUGGGGUAUCGGGAAAUCUUAGAUGCUCUCCAAUAUAUAAUACAUACCCAACAUGCCCCUGUGUAUAUACAUUGUCUUAAUGGUGGCCAAGUUACUAGUUUAGUGGUGGCAUGUCUACGUAAACUCCAAUACUGGUCCUCGAUUGCCAUAUUCAACGAAUUCAUCAACUUUACGUCAAAUAUUACUAUUAAUGAUCGUAGUUUUGUCGAAUCAUUUGCUGGUGAAAUACAAGUUCUGUCGAAAACUAAAGUGAAUUGGCUUUGGGCUGGAAUGAGUAGAGGUGUUGUUAAUAAUCACCCUAACUUGAGAAUUAUAGAGAAAGCUUAA